AAGUGUCGAGCUGGAGUCGGCGCACCUGAGCACCAUGCUGGCAGACAGCGCCGCGCGGCACUCGCUGGACGAGCUGCGGGCCAGGGCCGCCACGCACCACUACACCACCGACACGGUGCUCGAGUGUAUGCCUUUCAUCGACAUCGAAGUAAUGAAGGAAAUGUUACCGAAAAUUCUAGAACUGACAAAAUCACCGCAAUUAGGAACCAAAAUCGCGUGUACACAUCUAUUGGUUCUAGCUGCGCACUACUUGAGGAGCGAUUUGGAACCGAUCGCGGGGAAAAUUAUGACGACAUUGCUCAAUGGAACCUUUGAUAGAAAUCCAACAGUUCGCAAAAACUAUGCGGAGGCUCUGGGGCAAGUGUCGGCGCAUGCUAAACCUCAGUCUGUGGAGAAGCUAAUGCGAAAACUAGUUAACCUGUACGAGACGAAAGAGGACGACUCGACACGCUCUUCCGUCGCGCUCACACUCAAGGCGGUCGCCAAGGCCAAGAUCGAACACAUAAAGGACAAUGAGGGGAUUCUGGCUCCAUUGGUGUAUCUGGCCAUGCACGCACCUAAAGAUAAUGAAUCAAAUGCCGUGGAGAUAUACGAAGAAAUAUGGACGGACAUAAGUCCAGGGAGAGAAACUGGUAUAAGAACACACUUGGCCGCUAUCCGUGAAGAGAUCGAGAAGGCUCUCAUUUCUAAUAGUUGGACAAAGAAAAUACAGGCAGCUGAAGCCAUCAAAUCAAUCUGCUCCGGUCUGUCGAGCGGUGUCGGCGCGGAGCGGGAGCCGUUGUUGCGGUCCCUGCUGGCCGCCGUGCACGGGAAGACCUUUGACGGGAAGCGACAUCUAGUGGAAGCUAUAGCGGCGCUGUGCGAAGUGAAGGACGGCGAGGUGGUCGCGCCCGCGCUGCUGACGGAGUGUGUGGACGCGCUCGUGGCGGAGGCCCGCAAGCACGAGCCGGCCUACAAGCGACACGCCGUGCGGGCCCUGGGCGCCGCGCUCGCACACAGCCGCUGCCAGCGGUUCAGGCAGGUCUACGACAUCGUCAAGCCCAUCCUGGCCAAGAACGAGUUAUCGAUGGAGAAGGACUCGGACACAGAAGACAGAGAGAGCGGGCGGGAACGACGCGAGCAGCUCCGCGAGCUGAAGGAGGCGGCCUACGACCUGCUCGCGAGCGCGUGGCCCGAGGACGCGGACACGCAGGAAAAUUAUCAAGAAGUAUACUUCGAGCACUGCUCUCAAAGCUACCCGUGCAGCUCUCGCUCCACGCAGCUGGCCAUCUUGUCGUCAAUGUCGCGAGUGUUGGACCGCCUCGUGGUGCUCGCGGGCGGGCCCAAGGACCCCGAGCACGUGGCCGCCGAGCGAGCCGUGCGCGCCCUCACCCACCACGUGGCCGCCGUCGUCGACUACACCCUCAAAAACAGCAACCAAGUAAGGCACAGGAGAGAUGCGUUGCAACUGAUGGAAACACUCAUUAAAAGAUUAAAAAAUCUCAACAAAGGUGAUGAACUCAAAAAAUUACACGACAUAUAUCAGACCUAUGCUCAAGACUUAUCAAAAGACUCUUCGUACGAAUUGCGAUCCAAAAUCGACAGUAUCAAGGUUUAUUUUAGAUAAACAUUAUUUAUAAUUAGGAUCUUAUGACUAAUUAAUAAUAUCGAAUAA